AUGUCGCAGGAGGCACAGGGCGCGAAGAACGGCCCCCGCAGUAGUGCGGAGGUGCCGGAGGAGUGGCUGAAGGGAAAAACAGCCCGCGAGAAGUACACCAUCACGCGUGGAUUUCUCGCACAGCGGCGGCUGGAGCAGAACGAGCGGCCCGUCAUUGAACAGGCCGUACGGCAGAAGCAACGCGGCGCUGCAGCAGAGUUAUUGUUUUCAACACCAACACCGCCGCACGCACGCUCACAGUUGCAAACACAAACAAAAACACAAACAUUAUCAGGAUCACCAUCAUGGAAGUCGCAAAGUGCACCACCUGUGGGAUCGCGGCCGCCCAAGAACCGCGACAGCACCGCCGCCCCGCUAACGAUACGCACACCGCGUCUUCUGCAGAAGAAGUUGCCAUCAUUGCGGGGCGAACAAAGCGGUGGAGCGGCGCCCACGUCAAACGCCUGCGCCCCACAAUCACAAGGACAAACACAAGCGCAAGGAGAAAUACAAAUACAAGGAGAAUCACAAAUACAAAAGGUACAACAAGAAGAAGAACAGCAACAACAGGAAGAACUAUACUCAAAUGGGUCCCCAUCGCCUACACGGGAGGCCCCCGCAUACAACCGUACAUACUUUCAACUAGAGGACUUUGACAACACUGACUUCGAGUCUCACACCCCACAGGAGUGGGUUGCACUCGGCGGUGAAAAUGGCACACCCGCACGCUCUCCAUUCUUUGACAAACAGACCAACGAAGUACAGUGGCGUCCCUGUCGUGUUGUCGCCUACGACGAGGAUACAUGCUGCUACAACAUUGUGUGGGAGGACAACGGUCAAAGCAAGUGGACUAAGCGCCUUAACAUCAUCUUUGACGCAGAGAAUGAGGCGGUUUGGCACGAGCGUGUUCGACGGGCGAAAGCUUACCGCGCCGAGACGGAGGCGGCGCUGCGAGGAAAUUUGUACUUACAAUCAAUGGAUAGUAGCGGUUUCGCCCCAAUGAGUGAAGAGCAGAUGAAUCGAAUAAUAGCACUCGUCGCGAAGCGUUUCCCACUUAAUUCAUUACACCUCGUUGAACAAUGUACCCACGAGGUUGAAGAACUCUACUAUUACAGCCUUAAACGUGCACAACACUGGCGUGAAAUAAGACACGCUAAAGAGGAACAGUUGCGUGCAGAGUUACUUGGCCUUCCGGCACCGCCACAUUCUGUUGCAUACUGCGAAGAUAUUCCCCUGGACGCGCUAAGGGGUACCAUAGAUACACCUUCACCCAAUUUUCGAGUUGCAAGGGAGUUCAUCGCUGAGAAUUUAUUCCAGACGCAAGCGUUACUACGUGACACUGUCUAUGCCAUUCAUACACAAUGGAAUGAAUAUAAGGGACAACUCUUAUGUGUAACUCAACUAGAUAAACGUGAGACUCCCCUUGAACUUCGAAACUUUGAGGAAAUGCAAGCUCACCGUGGAUUUAGUAUAUCUGAAAAACUGCGUAAUGAAUGGAGUAUCAAUGUACGGUGUACUAUUCAAAAUAAUCUUGACGUCCAUUUUAAGUUCUAUGAAGAUAACAUGGAACGGUACCUUUCCAGUCGAAUGUGUCGUUUUGUAAAUCUUGUUAAUGUUAUGAUGAAUUCACAAUUACGAGAGUUACUGGUCGCAUCAUUAAAAGAUUUCGCCGCAUUCAUUCACCAUUACCGUAUAGAGCCGCUCAAGGAUGAUGUAAAGAUGGAGGAACUACAAGAAGAUGUAGAAGAAGCAGAACACUGGGAAAAACGUCAAAAUGAAUGGCGUGAGAAAAAACGUGCAGAAGAAGAAGCACUGGCGGCAGCCAACGAACGUCAACGUCUUGGUAAACGUAAAGAGAGUACUCUUCGUUCAGUAAAAAGUGAAAAAACUGAAGAAGAAGUGGAAGAAGAAGUUCCAUUUGUAUGGGAACUCGGAACGUUCCGUAAUCAUCUUCCAUAUACAAAGCGUGUAGUAGAGAUGACAAUGAAACCUCGUGGAUUUAGACCACUCUUUUUACUAACUCUCGUGGAGGAAGGAGGUCGUGUCGUCUUUUCACCAUCAUUGGAGGAUGUGACAAGGAAGGUGACUGGCGUAUUUGAUAAAUGUUUUGAGCACGUUGACAGAAUACACGGAAUGGGGGAUCAACUCUUCCCUCUAUUAACAAUGCAGCCAUUGAUUCUACAUCCACUCAACCCUACGGAGCCUGUAGUGUGUGAGGCGCGGCAAAUGAUUGAAAAGGCCCUUUCUGACAAUGUUGAAGCACCGUUGCAGCUUCAACAAAUGUACCAAACAUUUGAGUAUAUUUUACAGCAAGACACAGAGUCGCUUGUGGAGGAGGUUAAAGCACGUCAACUUUCACUUCAUGAUUUUGAUUGGACAUUUGAGCGUAUUUCCCGCGAUAGAGAACGCAUAGUGCGGCGGACGCCCAACCAUGUAAAAUAUGAAAUGUUCUUCAUUGAUUGUAAAGGAAUAAAGACAACGUUACUAACCAAGGCUGAAGAAAUUCAAAAUGCUCUAAUGGAAACUUUAUCAGAAAGACUAAGAAAUAAUUGUUCAUCUAUUAUCAAUGAUUAUAAUACUAUGAGUGAACGGAUGGCGGUGGAACCACGUUCACCAGAGGAAUUACAAGAAUUACGCGAUUUUCUUGAUAACAUUCCUGCGCGACAAGAAGCAAUUAACACUGCUUUUGAUGCCUUAACAGAAGGAUUUGAUCUUCUUUUUAAAUAUAAUUAUGUUUUUACUCCGGAGGCAUGUAAUGAUUACCGUACAGCUUAUGAAUGGCCAAGACGUCUACACCAAGAAUUGGAAGAUGGAAACUUCCGAAGCAAGGAGUAUCGCAAUGUGCUUAUGCAAAAGUUACGAGACAACUGUGAGACACUUACAAACGAUAUUGUCCAAUUAGGCAAUAUUGUAGACGACUUUACUCAUUUUGGUGAUGAAGCACGAGCUGAUGAGUACUAUGAACAAGCAAGGGCAUUAGAACAACGUAUUAAAGAACAUCAAGAACAAAUUCAAUUAUAUAACAGCCAUGAAACACUUUUCUCAUUACAACAAUCCAAAUGGCCGCAACUAAAAGAAAUUAAGGCUCAACUAGAACCUUACUAUAUCUUAUGGGAAGUUGUAAGUCUUUUCAAUAACGAAAGCGAGCGUUGGCUGAAUACACGCCUUUCAGCAUUACAACCAGUAGAUGCAGACAGACAACUGACUGAUUGGGCGAAGAAAGUUGCUAUUGUGUCAAAGAAAAUCAAAGAGGCAGAACCUAUGGAAGUUGUGAAACGUAUACGAGAAAAUAUUGCGGCUUUUAGGCCCUAUAUACCACUUUUAUAUGCGUUACGAAGUAAUUUACAAGGGAGUCACUGGAAGGCUAUUUAUCAAGUUUGUGGUAUACCGAAAGAAAAGCAAAGUUUAGGUACUGGUGGUGCCGAUUCUAACGAAUGGAGACCCUUUAAUGAUUUUAUUAAAUUAGGAAUGUUAGAUUUUUUACCACAGAUUGAGAGUAUUGCUACAGUUGCACAAAAAUCUUACGAAUUGGAAAGUGAACUUAUGGCAAUGGAAGCAGAAUGGAAGAAGUUACUUUUUGAUAUGGAACCUUAUCAAGAUACGCAUAAACUAAAGUCAAAUGACAUUAUGCAACUGACAUUGGAUGAACAUAUCCUGAAAACGCAGUCAAUGCUUGGAAAACCAAUUGUUAGACAAGCACCUGCAUUGCAAGCACGUGUUUCGCAAUGGGAAAGACUCUUAGAUAAGAUUCAGUGUACAGUAGAUGAAUGGUUUAAAUGUCAAGGAACCUGGGCUUACCUUGAACCAAUUUUUUCUUCUGCAGAUAUUUCUCGUAGUUUACCAAAGGAGAAACAACUCUUUCUCGUUAUUGAUGAGUCAUGGCAUAAAAUCAUGGAACAGACACGAACGACACCCCAAAUAUUAACCCGUUGCCAAGAUGAAUCCUUACUAAGAACACUUACAGAGAAUAACAACAACUUAGACAUUAUUCUCAAAAAGUUACAACAAUUUCUUGAGACAAAGCGAAUGGCAUUUCCAAGGUUUUAUUUUAUCUCUAAUGAAGAACUACUACAAAUUCUCUCAGAUAGUAAAGAUCCAUAUCUUGUACAACCUUAUCUUAGUAAGUGUUUUGAAGGAAUUAAACGUAUUCAAUUUGGAGAUGCUCAUGAUAUUCUCGCAAUGGAAUCAUCUGAAGGUGAAGUAGUAACACUUAUUAAAACCAUUAAUCCUGGAGACUAUCAAAACCUUGUUGAACGGUGGCUUCAAGCUCUUGAAGAUGUUAUGAAAGAAACUAUACUUGAUCAACUACGUCAAGCUACAGGAGAUUAUGCAACCCAUAAGAAGCGAACAGAGUUUAUCCGUGCAUGGCCUGGUCAAAUUGUCAUUGCCAUUUGCUCCUUAUACUGGACAAUGGAGGCAACAGAAGCUAUGAGUUCAGAAGGUACAGUUGGUCUUACUAGUUAUCAUGAAAAAUGUGUUAGUCAACUUGAUGAUCUUAUUGUUUUGGUGCGGGAUCGAAAUCUUGCCGCAGUGGAGCGCUGUACACUUGAAGCUCUGGUAGUGGUAGAGGUUCACGCAAAAGAUAUUAUUGCUCAACUUUCUGAGAAAGGUGUUGAUUCACCAAAGAGUUUUGAUUGGUUAGCACAACUUCGAUACUACUGGGAAGAAGAUCAUCUUUCUGUACGUCAAAUUAACGCCUCACUUCGCUAUGGAUAUGAAUAUUUGGGAAAUACUGGACGUCUUGUUAUUACACCAUUAACCGAUCGAUGCUAUCGCACACUUAUUGGUGCAUUACACCUUAAUUAUGGUGGUGCCCCAGAGGGACCUGCUGGUACAGGUAAAACUGAAACUACAAAAGAUCUUGCUAAAGCCUUGGGAAAGUAUUGUGUAGUAUAUAAUUGUUCAGAUCAGAUUACAGCGAAGGAUAUGGCUAAACUUUUUAAGGGACUUUCACAAUCUGGUUCCUGGGGUUGUUUUGAUGAGUUUAAUCGUAUUGAAAUACAGGUGUUAUCUGUCAUUGCACAACAAGUUGCGGUUAUACAGGAAGCUAUUAUUCAGAAACGGAAUGAAUUCAUCUUUGAAGGUGCACAAAUUCGUCUUGAUCCUGGAUGUGCUAUCUUUGUUACAAUGAACCCUGGUUAUGCAGGUCGUGCAGAACUUCCCGAUAACCUUAAAGCACUUUUCCGUCCGGUAGCUAUGAUGGUUCCGAACUAUGCUAUGAUUGGUGAGAUUCAACUCUAUUCAUACGGUUUUCUUUAUGGAAAAGAAUUAGCAGAAAAAAUUGUUGCCACAUACCGUCUGUGUUCAGAGCAAUUAUCUUCACAAGAUCAUUAUGAUUAUGGUAUGCGUGCUGUAAAGGCUGUUCUAACAGCUGCAGGUCGUUUGAAACGUGCUUAUCCUGAUGAAGAUGAGAUGGUGUUAAUGUUACGUUCUAUUCAAGAUGUUAAUCUUCCAAAAUUCUUAACACAGGAUGUGGAACUAUUUAAAGGAAUUGUUUCUGAUCUUUUCCCUGGUGUAAAACUACCUGAACCGGACUACGUAGAUAUGCAUAAUGCCCUUGUAAGGGUAUGUGAAACACGUAACUUACAACUUACAAAUUACUUUGAAAUAAAAAUUAGGGAAACGUAUGAGAUGAUUGUAGUACGUCAUGGUAUGAUGUUGGUGGGUUUUUCGUUUGGUGCCAAAACAAAAAUUCUGCAAUGUCUUUCAGAAUCUCUUGGUCUUAUGGAGGCUAUUGGGAAGGAGCGACGCACACGCCUUAUAACAAUGAAUCCCAAAUCUGUAACUAUGCCACAAUUAUAUGGUAGAGUUGAGGCAUCUGGUGAGUGGACAGAUGGUAUUUUACCAUUCAGGUUUCGAUUAGCGGCACAAGACACAUCAAAAGAGCGUAAAUGGCUUGUGCUAGAUGGUCCUGUAGAUGCCGUGUGGAUUGAGAAUAUGAACACUGUACUUGAUGAUAAUAAAAAACUUUGUCUUCAGAAUGGUGAUAUUAUACCCAUGUCAAAGGAAAUGAAUCUUAUUUUUGAAGUUCAAGAUCUUGCUCACGCCUCACCUGCCACUGUAUCCCGUUGUGGUAUGGUAUACGUGGAACCAGAUUCACUUGGUUGGCGCUGUCUAAUAGAUUCGUACUUCAAUACAUUGCCAGAAAUUAUCCGUGAGAAUGAGAAUAUGGUGACAGCUUUACGUACUCUCGUAGAUGUUUUUAUGCCUCCAAUGUUAGAAGUUGUGAGAAAGGAUGUUAAAUCCGUUAUUCCACAAGGAGCUCUUGUUUCAGUUUCUGGUUUUAUUAAACUCUUUUCAACCUUCCUCCGUGGGUUAGAAGAAGAAGAAGAUGCUCCACCGACAGAUGUUUCCGCACAGGCACGCACGAUGCUGAUGAAAUUAGAGGGAUGGUUCCUCUUUUCACUUGUUUGGUCGGUUGGUGGAUGUCUCUUUACAAAGGAGAGGGCCAUAUUUAAUGCGGCACUUCAUUCUGAAGUGGCUGCUGCUGCUGGAAAUGGAUCCUACAAGUUUACACUUGUUCUCCCCGAUAAUAAACAUUCCUUUUUUGAUGUUCGUCUUGAGACAGAGGGUGAAGUUCGUUUUGCACAGUGGUCUGACUAUGUGCCAGAGUUUGUAAUUGAAGAGGGUGUGGAGUACCAAGACGUAAUUGUCCCUACCAGUGCACAGACAAGGUAUUCCUUCCUUACAAAACUUAUGAUUGGUGCCAUGCAUCCUGUGCUACUUGUGGGAGAUACAGGUACAGGAAAGACUAUCAUGAUGAAAUCAUUACUAAAGGGACUUCCUGAAGAUUCAUACUCACUUAACAUGAUUCAAUUCUCUGCACAAACUUCAGCAGGACACCUACAACGACUUAUUGAUGGAAGUUUGGAAAAACGUCGAAAAGGUUUUUAUGGUCCACCUAUCAACAAAAAGAUGAUGAUAUUUGUCGAUGAUACAAAUUUACCACAAUUGGAGGAAUAUGGCGCCCAACCGCCAAUAGAACUCCUUCGCCAAUACCUCGAUCAUGGAGGUUGGUAUAACCAUGGGAAAGACAAUAUUGAAUUCCGUCGAUUGGUAGACAUUUUAUUACUUUGUGCUAUGGGACCUGCUGGAGGAGGUAGAAAUCCUGUGACUCAACGUUUUACGCGUCACUUUAACACAAUCGCUAUUCCAGCCUUUGAUGAACCAACAUUACGAAAGAUAUUUGGUACAUUAUCUGAUUGGAUUAUCAGUAGAGGAUUUCCUACCUCAUUACGUGGAAUGGCUACUGCCCUGGUGAGCGCUACAAUUGAGCUUUAUGAGACUUUAGUAGAUAAUUUAAAACCUUCUCCAGAGAAAUCACACUACACAUUUAACCUACGAGACGUUAGCAAAGUAUUUCAAGGUAUUGACAUGGCGAACCCGGCGAAGAUCGUGGAUGAACGGAAGUUAUCAGUAUUAUGGAUGCACGAAGUCUCCAGGGCUUUUGCUGAUCGUUUUAUCAACGAGAAGGAUACAAAUUGGUUCCUCGACGAGGUAGGUAAAUUAUCAAUGAAACACUUUAAACUUCCACUUGAAAACUUACAUAGUGUAGAAAAUCCAACACUCUUCUCAACCUUUAUGAAUGAUGAUGGAUAUUAUGAGGAGUUACCUAAUGUAAAUGAUGCCCGGAAAGUACUGGAGAGUAAAUUAGAAACCUACAACUUAGGAACACACUCUGGUGAGUUAGAUCUCGUUAUUUUUAAUUAUGUCGUUGUACAUGUCUCAAGGAUUUGUCGUGUUCUCCGUCAACCUGGUGGAAAUCUUCUUCUUAUUGGAGUUGGUGGAAGUGGACGUCGUAGUUGUACCAAAGUUGCUGCAUAUUUGCAAGAAUGUGACUAUAUGACUACAACUCCAGCAAAGGACUAUGACCACAGCAACUUUUUAGAUGAUAUACGUGCUCUUCUCUUGCGUACUGGUAUGAAUGGCUAUGCAACUGUAUUUGUUAUGUCAGACACUCAAAUAACAUCAGAGAGUUUCCUCGAAGACAUCUGCGGCCUUCUUAACACUGGCGAAGUACCAGGAAUCUGGGAUACCAAACAGGAUAAGGAGACAUAUGAGAAUGCUGUCGCAUCUCUUCGAGAGAAAGGAAAAGAACUUGGACGUCCUGAUACCGCUGAGGCGCUUCAAGCUCUUUUUGUUGAGCGAUGUAAAAAGUAUAUGCAUAUUGCACUAUGCUUUUCACCUAUAGGUAAUGUUUUGCGUGAAAGACUACGAAAAUUUCCUUCAUUAGUAAAUUGUACCACUAUUGAUUGGUUCUCUGAAUGGCCAGAGGAUGGGUUACAUUCAGUAGCCAUACGAUUCCUUUCAAAACUUGAUAUUACAGAUCAUGAGAAGAAAGCUGCAGAAGAUAUGUUUGUUUUAUUUCAGCAACAAGUUCGUGAACUUGGGAAGGUAUAUUUGACAGAAGUACGACAACACACUUACGUGACACCCACCUCGUAUUUAGAUCUCUUAUCUACCUUUGAACACCUGUUAUGUGAAAAGCGUGAAGAGCUUACUGCUAUGAUGCACCGCUACGCAAAUGGUUUGACACAACUAAAGAAAACAGAAGAUCAAGUUGAAAUCAUGCAACAGGAGUUAGCACUAAUGCGACCACAGUUGGCAAAAAAACAACUAGAAACUGAUGAACUUAUAAAAGAAGUUGAAAUGGAAAGUCGGUUGGCAGAAGAGCAACGAGCUAUUGUUGCUGUAGAUGAAGCGGCAGCCAAUGAACAGGCUGCAGCGGCAAAGGAAAUUAAAGAUGCUUCUCAGAAGAAAGUAGAUGAAGCCCAACCAUUAGUGGAACAGGCACAACGCGCUGUCCUUGAUCUUGACCCAAAAGCACUGCAGGAGAUUAAGGCUCUUAAGACACCACCACAAGGUGUAAAGUACGUCAUUGAAGUCCUCUGUACUCUAUUGGGUGGAACAUAUAAACCAAAACCUGUACGAGAUCCACUAACUGGUAGUGUUUCAGUACCAUACUGGGAACAUGCUAAGCUUACACUCUUAACGGGUGAGUUUAAGAAUAUAUUACUGAGUGCAUAUCCAGUUAUUGUGGAUACAGCACCUGAAGAACAAAUUGAGGAUGUAAAGAAGAAAAUGACAAAUGAUAUGUUUAAAAUGGAAAAUAUCAGAAAAACAUCUGUAGCUCUGGUUGGUGUAGCUACAUAUAUACGGGCGGUGGUGGAAUAUUACAAACAAAAUAAGAUUAUCAAACCACUAUUGGCACAAGCUGCAGCAGCACAGAAAGAGUAUGAUACUGCAAUGGAGGGUCUAAACAAGAAGAAAGAGGAACUACGUAUUAUUAAUGAGAAAUUAAAAGCCCUUACAGAACAUCUUGAGAAAGUGAAGAAAGACAAACAGGACCUUGAAGAAAAAGUAAAUGAUACAGAUAUUAAAUUAACACGUGCAAAGAAACUUAUUGAGGGACUUGGAGGUGAAAAAGUUCGUUUUGCGAAAGAGAGUGAACGGUUUCAGGAAGAGUUAAGGUAUGUUGUUGGUAAUGUUGUUAUUAGCGCCGGUGUGGUUGCUUAUCUGGGUCCAUUUUUGCAUAAAUAUCGUGAAAGAGUAAUGCAAAACUGGUUAAAUAUGUGUAAACAACAGAAUGUUUUAGUUUCAGAAGACUAUGCAUUGGCAAAGUUUGUAGGAUCUCCUAUUGACAUUCAAGCAUGGAAGCUACAACAGUUACCAUCUGAUGGUUUCUCUAUUGAUAAUGCUGUUAUUGUAAAAACCUCUAGUAGAUGGCCACUAUUUAUUGAUCCACAACAACAAGCAAAUAAUUGGAUUCGUAAUAUGGAACGUGCUAAUGGUUUGAUUAUUACACGACCAUCAGAGCCUGAUUGUAUUAAGACUAUUCGUGGAGCUAUUGCUCAAGGAAUUCCUGUUCUUAUGGAAAACCUUGAAGAGACAGUAGAUCCAAUUCUGGAAAACUUACUCUUAAAGCGACUGACAAGAGAAGGUGCUGCUGUUGUGAUUCAUGUUGGUGAACCAGUAGAGUGGAACGAAAAUUUCCGUUUUUACAUGACAACAAAACUGCCCCGACCACAUUAUCUCCCAGAGGUAAGCACAAAGGUAACUCUGAUUAAUUUUAUGAUUACUCAACAAGGUUUACAAGAUCAGCUACUACAGCGUGUUAUGAUGAGCGAACGACGGGAAGUGGAAGAGAAAAAGCAAGCAUUAACUCUUGAAGCUGCUGAGAACCAAGCGAGUCUAAAGCAAACAGAAGACAAAAUUCUUGCAAUUCUCUCAUCUGAAGGAAACAUAUUGGAAAGUGAGACAGCUAUUGAAGAACUUGAUAGCUCCAAGAUACAGAGUGAUCAAAUUGCUAAAAGACAAGAAGAGAUUGAAGCCAUGGAACGUAUAAGUGAUCGUACUCGAAGUUUAUUUAUUCCUGUGGCUAAUCUUGGGGCCACAUUAUUUUUCUGUGUAACAGAGUUAGCUAAUAUUGAUCCUAUGUAUCAAAAUUCACUUAACGCCUAUGUUACUAUUUUUCAAGAAGCCCUUCAACAAAGUGAGGCAUCUGAAGACGUAGAUAUUCGUAUUGAUAAUAUUCGAUCUACAUUUCAAAGCUCAUUGUACAGACGAAUUUGCCGUUCACUAUUUGCACGGGAUCAGUUAUUAUUUUCAUUUACAAUGUGUCUAAAGAUUUAUGAAGUAGAUGUAACACAAUUACGUUGGUUAUUAAUGGGAGGUUUUGAAGCAGAUGAUGGAUUAGCAAGUAAUCCGUUUGCUUCUUGGCUUCCUGAUCAAAAUUGGAAACUGGUAUGGCGUGCGAGUACCCAACUUCCUUCAUUUGAGUCUUUGGUGGAUCUUGUGCGGGAACAGGAAGACUAUUUCCGCGCCUAUUACGAGUCCCCUGACCCGCUUGCGCUUGAGCCUCCCUCUGCGGUUGCGGCGUUGGAGGGGAUAUCGCAAUUGAUCCUCGUGCGCUGCUUCCGCACCGACAAGAUUGUGCCGGCGGUGACGGAGUACGUCCGCUCGCUGCUUGGCGCCUUCUUCGUCGAGCCGCCGCUCUACGCGCUGGAGGACGUUGUCGACGAGUUGGCGCACGACCCGUCGGUGCCGCUCGUGUUGGUUCUCUCGCCGGGCGCGGACCCGAACGCGGAGUUGGACCGCCUCGCCGCCCAGCGCGGGAUGGGCGGGCGGCUGAUGAAGUUGUCCCUCGGGCAGGGGCAGGGGGCCGCCGCGCGGGAACUCAUCGACGAGGGCGUCCGCAAAGGGAAUUGGGUGCUCCUGCAGAACUGUCAUCUCUACCAGGACUUCAUGCCAGAACUCGCACGCAUCAUAGAGAACUACAGCGAUAGCGCGGCAAAGACGAAUUUGAAUGACCAGUAUCGACUCUGGCUUACAUCUCUUCCAAGUGAGACAUUCCCUAUUGCUAUAUUGCAAAACGGAGUAAAAUUGGUACAAGAACCUCCAAAAGGUCUUAAAAGCAACCUCUUGCAGUCUUAUCUUUCUAAUCCUGUGGCAGAUGCACAAUUCUUUAAUUCCUCUAAAAAACCAGAAGUCUGGAGAAAGUUACUUUUUGGAAUUUGCUUCUUUCACGCCGUGGUUCAAGAGCGCCGCCAAUUUGGACCCUUGGGUUGGAAUAGGAUGUAUGAAUUUAAUGAUACAGAUAGACGUAUUAGCAUUCGACAGCUUAAUAUGUUUCUUGAGGAAAAUGAUGAGGUCCCAUACGAUGCACUCUUGUAUCUUACUGGUCAAUGUAACUAUGGAGGUCGUGUAACUGAUGAUUGGGAUCGUCGUUGUAUUAUGGCAAUCUUAUCACUUUACUUAACCCCACUUAUAUUAGAAGAUGACUACGUGUUUGCCCCGGAUGCUCCUGAGUACUACGCCCCUCCUUUUGGUGAAUAUGAGUCAUAUGUGGACUAUAUUCAAAACUUACCUUUGCAACAACCUCCUGGGGUUUUUGGUCUUCAUGAGAACGCUGAUAUCACCAAGGAUGAAAGAGAUGCGAAGAAUUUGCUUGAGGCUACACUUCUGACUCAGCCACGUGAGUCCUCUGACUCGGCGUCAAAGUUGGAUCCCAAGACAACUGUAAAGGAAAUGGCCCAUCAUGUCCUCUCAAGGCUUCCAAAACCUUUUGACAUUGAAGAAAUUCAGAAAAAACAUCCUAUUGAUUAUUCUCAAUCCAUGAACACGGUACUUCUUCAAGAAGCGAUACGGUAUAAACGUCUUCUUGUCGUUUUGCGACAAACACUUGCUGAUGUUCAAGAUGCUAUAAGUGGAAAAGUAGUAAUGAGUGCCGAUCUGGAGGAAGUUUUCAACGCGAUGUAUGAUGGCAAGGUUCCAAAUGUCUGGAAGAAGCGGUCGUAUCCGUCAUUAAAGCCAUUUGGUUCCUAUGUCAAUGAUCUGGUCGAGCGUCUCAGUUUUCUUCAAAAAUGGUGUGAUGAAGGCCCACCACCGAUGUUCUGGAUAAGCGGGUUUUUCUUUACGCAAUCAUUUCUCACAGGUGUCAUGCAAAAUUAUGCGCGAAAAUGGAAAAUAGAAAUUGAUAAGCUGUUAUGGAAGUUUACUGUGCUUAAUGAGGAGACUUGUACCACGGCUCCUGAGGAUGGUUGUUGCAUCUACGGUUUGUUCCUGGAGGGAGCUGGAUGGGAUUCUGUCAACGCUGCCCUCUGUGAAAGCAAACCAAAAGAGCUCUUCAUUAAGUUUCCACUAUUACGACUGCUUCCAUGCCGUCAGGAGGAACUUCCUGAUACCCCAAUAUACAGAUGUCCUUGUUACAAGACCACCGAUAGACGUGGUGUGCUUUCAACCACCGGUCACUCCACCAAUUUUAUUCUUACCAUUGAUCUACCGAGACAUCCAGCCGACACAGAGAAUCACUGGGUGCUCCGCGGUGCAGCUCUUUUCACCCAGCUCCCUUUUUAG